AUGGAUUCUUGGACUUUGAGGUCAAUUGAUUUUGUGCUGGCUGACGAAUACAUGCAAGUGUUUGAGAGGGAACGAAUUACUACAAUUGAUUUGUUGACACUUGAACCAACUGUAAUAAGCGAACGUUGUCAGAUAAAGCUUGAGGAAGUUCAGAAUCUCAUUGAGCAACUAAAAAAGGCUCUCCUGCCACAAAGAAUUACUCCAGAUGCUAGGGAAACCCACUUUUUUACGACGGGCGAUACGGAAAUAGACAAAGCAUUGCACGGUGGAAUUGCUCUCGACCAUAUCACAGAAAUCAGUGGUGAGAGCGGCUCUGGAAAAUCACAAUUCUGUAUCCAAUUAUGUCUUACUGUACAAUUACCAAAAUCUGUCGGUGGUUUAGACCGGGCCGCGGUUUUCAUUUCAACCGAAUCCGGUCUGGAGACUCGACGGUUAUUUCAAUUGGCAAAGUUUCUUUCUUUACAAUAUCCAAAUGAUGAUUUGUCCUAUCUUUCUCGGCAUCCAGGUGAUCGCGUAUAUACGAUUCUGUGCCCAGACCUGGAAUCGCAAGAGCACAUUAUCGAGUAUCAACUUCCCAUUCUCAUGCAACGGGUAAACAUUGGUCUUAUCGUUCUCGACAGCGUUGCAGCCAACUACAGAGCCGAACUUCGUUAUUCGCGAAACCAUCCGAAUGCUUCGAGCCUUGGCAACAUCGCAACUCGAGGAAACCAACUUGCCAAACUUGCCAGCAAUCUUCGUGAACUAGCACACAAACAUAAUGCCGCAGUAGUAAUCGCAAACCAAGUGAGCGAUCGGGUGUCUCGAUCUUACGACCAAAUUGGUCUUUUCAGCCUUGACUACCAGUCUCAAUGGUUCAACGGAUGGGACGACACGGAUAUUGAUCCAAAAACACCAUCAUUGGGACUUGUAUGGACGAACAAUGUAACUACACGACUUGCCUUACUCAAGCGACCCAAUUCUGCGACCCGAAAAUCAUUACGAAAAUUACGCAUAGUCUAUUCACCUAUAGCACCGACUUCUGAAAUUGACAUUGCAAUUACGCUUGAAGGUCUCCACACGGUUUCCGAAGAUACAUGA